CCCACCGCAGAAUCCAAUCUUUCCGCCUCCAUUCCCAAUGACUCGUCAGAUUUGGUGUCCGACUCAGCCGACUUUGUCGAACGCAAGAAGCGUUACAAGGAGGAUUCCGAGAAGGUGGGACGUUAUUCGCGUACACACCAUCAUAAGCAUCAUCGUCGCCACAAGAGCAAGCAUCACAGACACGAUGAGGGUUGAGACGCCAAGAUUGUGA